AUGAACUGCAACGCAAACCAAUGUCGAAACAAAACAGCACCAAAAACAAAAUGCAAACGCAAGCUGAACCAAAACACUAAACCAGAACGAGAACCGGUCGUCACUCCAACCAGCACCGCACCAGACUCACUACCGAAGCCCCGCCGACAACGCUCACUCACGGCCAUCGCAAACAGCAUCCCGCCGCAGUCUUCUCGACGGCAACCACCACAGGCUCAGCUCACGGCCGCACCAGCCAGCUCCUCCGACCUCCUUCUGACGCGAACACCAUCCUUUCCGUCGACCUCAACAACAACCGCGUCUGUUGCCGCUGGCUCUGGCCUGACUCCGCCACCAUCAUCGCCGCUCAGCCCGAUACGGCUCCUUCCAACCAUUCCACAUCGAUUCGCGUCUGUCUGCCACUACAAGUAA